AUGGACGAACUUGUACAAUUAAGUUUACGACCAGAGUCGGUAAACGACGCGACAGUGGACCCAAGUACAAAUGGCGAUAUUAAGCAGAGUAGGGAAGUACAUGGUAAUGAAAAUGACGUGAACAGGCUGAACAUACAAGUAGAAGAAACGAUGGAAACGCCGGGUGAUGUCGAAGAAACACCGGCGCAACCGGUUCGUCCACAAAGGCAAAGACAGCCACCGUUACGUUUUGGGUACAACGCACCUGGCUGUCCUACGGGUGUAUUUCCUUUCAUUUGGCAAGACCCUAACGUGGGAUUAGUUCAAAUACGAGAUCCGUGGUUUGGUCCACCUUGGAUUGGACCGAUACAACCUCCGAUGAUAUCAGUACCGUGGAUGAGUCCAAUACAGAAUCCCAUGUUCCACGCACAAGUGAUGCAACCUAUGAUAUCACCACCGCCUUUUGGUUACUACCCAACGUAUUAG